AUGGAAGAGCCUGCCGUAAUCCACCAGUGUCAGAUGAACUCACUUAAUCACUCAGUCCAUGAAAUCAUUUCUCUCUCAUCUGAAACAUACUCAACAACCUCCUACCCAUAUUUCUAUCCCAAAAGCACACCCUUUCAGACUUCUCAGAUGGCAUCAUCGAUGAUCGCAAAACCAGAAGCCAAACAGCUCAAGCCCAAUGAUUGGAACUCUCAUAAGAAUAAUGAAAAAUUCAAACCACCAAAUCCGAAAGCUUUUUCUUCUUCCUCAUCGUCGUCCAAGUUUAUUUCUUUUGCUAACUCAAAUGCAGCACCACCAGACUGUUCAAAGCAAUUGCAUGGAAAUGUAAACUGCACAUUGAAGAGCAAAGCUAACUCUAACACAAAUAUGAAGUUCUCGUUCAUACUUUCUCAGAAUUCCAAUGAAAUCCCAUUGGAAUUCGGUGGUGUGGAGACACAAAGGGUUUGCACCACUAACACCACCGCAACUAGGACUCCACUACAAGCUCAAGAUCAUGUUGUGGCGGAGAGGAAGCGCAGAGAAAAGCUGAGCCAGCGGUUCAUAGCACUCUCAGCACUCGUUCCUGGCUUGAAGAAGUUGGACAAUGCUUCUGUUCUUGGAAACGCUAUAAAGUACAUAAAAGAACUUCAAGAACAUGUAAAGAAACAUGAGGACGAGACGAAGAAAAAUCCUGUAGAAUCAAUUGUUUGUGUGAAGAAAUCUUGGCUCUCUGAGGAAGACGACUUUGAUAUGAGCUGCACACAAGUGCUUCCUGAGGUCGCAAUGGACCCUCAAUUCUCCAUGAUAGCAAAUGAUCUCGCAAAGGGCCUAAGAUCAGCCAUUCAGGAUGUACUUAUCUCUCCUCCUCCUGAGUAA